AUGAAUCGAAUAAAUCGGAAUCAUUAUGGUAACAUGUUCUUGUUACCAGCAAUAUAUUAUAUCUUGUUGUGCGUACAAAUUUUGAAUGCUUAUGAUGAACAUGAACCAAGUGUCACUAUUUCACAGCAUUUUCAUAAAGCUAAUUGCCUUGAUGAUUAUGAUAUUACUACAAUCUAUAGACUCGCGGAUCCACGUUUAACUUACGACAAUGGUUUGUUAGAUAGUUCAAAUGUGACGUCAAAUAGUAACUAUUCAAUUGAAUCAAUUGAAAUACAUUCCAGAACAAAUGCUAUUGGAAUACCUAUGUUAAUUGGAAAUCAAAUUGACAACAAUUCUCUGUCAGAUGCUAUUUUACAAUUUAAUUUGGCGGAAUUUUAUAAAUAUGGGUUUAUGCCAAAUAAUAGCCGUAUGGAAAUUUAUUUGGAUUCAAAUUACUGGAAACGAUCAACUAUUUUACUAACGGGAGACAAAUGUGGGUUCGACUCUGUUUCUUCUACUACGAAUUAUAAUACAGAAUUCAAGUUGAAUGAAUGCAUCGAUGCGUUAGAAUAUAAAUAUGACAAACAUUUCUAUCCAUAUUCAGCAAGAGAUGAUAUUCAUCAGACUUUUCUAAAAAUUCAUUGGAAGCCAGCUAAAAAACAAACUUGCUUAUCAAUUACAUACUAUCAUAGUUGGGACUCUGAAAUGGAAAUCAUUAUGAGUAUAUCCAGUGAAAAUGAUACGUUAAUAACUUCUUCUAUAUUAGAAAAAAAAGAUAGCAUAAUGACAUUAAAAGUGACCAACAUGGCCCUUAUUCAAGAUCAGAAAUAUAAAAUGCUAUUAAAAAGAAAAUAUAGUAGUACGCUUAACUAUAACGAUUACAAUAGUUAUUUGGGAAAUUGGUUUGAACUCAUACGGAUUACUCAAUGUUCAGAUGAAGAUGAAGAAGAAGUAAGAGUUGUUUCUAUAAAUGACAUUGGUCAUUGGUUUGAAGGUCCAAAGCCCUUCAAUAUACUCGGAAACGAUGAUACCACUGUCUGUAACAAAAUACAAUCCUCAACUAAAUCUUGUUUAAAUGGAGGUUUCAUGCAAUCAACAAGACAAACAUGCGUUUGCCCUCCUGGAUUUAAAGGACAAUUUUGUGAAAUAGGAUGUGGAUCAAAUUUUUAUGGAGCUGAUUGUAAUGGUGCUUGUUCGAUGCAUGCUAAUGAAAUAUGUCGAGGAUUGUUGAUGUGCACGAAAUAUUAUGGCUGUACAUGUCCAGUAGGCCUCACUGGUCCAUUGUGUAACAUAGAUUGUGAACCUGGUAAAUAUGGUGCGGAUUGUAAGCAAACAUGUUCAUCGAAUUGUCAUAACAAUAAAUGUGACCAAUAUACUGGCAUCUGUUAUCAUGGAUGUUCACAAGGAUAUUUACCACCAUAUUGUCUACAAAGAUAUCCAUACCUAAUUAAUCCACCUAAACUUCUUUCGUCCAAAUACGAUGCAUUGGAAAUGGAAUUGAAUUUCAAACUGGAUAAUGUUAAAGGAGGCGAUACAAAUAUAAAGUUGAAAUAUUAUCAAAUAUUUUAUAAGCCAAUAAUUGAAGACGAAUUUACAAAAUCUGAAAUUAAACUCAUUAAUGAAACUAGUAAUGCAACUAUAGAUAUUUUAAAUGAUUUAAUACCAGAUACCACAUAUAUGAUUGGUGUUUUGAUUAUAACUGACGAUGGGAAUUUCAAUCUUGAAAGUAUAGUUUAUGGUCAAUACAAGACAUCGCAUUGUAUCCAGCCUGAAAUAACUGAUUAUAACAUUAAAUUGAUCAGUGGGAUAAAAAGCGUCAAUAUAACAUGGAAUGAAAUAAUACCCAAACAGUUAGAAUGCAAAAUUACUGAAUAUGUUAUUACGUUAACAUUUAAUCAAACACAAAAUAAAAUGUCUGGUGUUAAAGAAAUAAAAUCAAGUUUCAAUACUAGCCACUUAAUAGAAAAUCUCUAUCCUGGGUACAAUUACAGUACAUCACUGACUCCUAAGACUACUAAAGGACCAUUAAAGUCGUCACCUACGUAUUCAUUUACUCCCCUAAUGACAGUAAAUGACAUGAGUAUUAAGGAUAUUGUUGCUGUAACCACUUAUAAUAAAACAAUCAAAAUAUCCUGGAAAUUAGGAAAUGCCUACCGUUACGAUGCUACAGUCAACGAACCAAUAAAGUGUGUUCUCAGAUACAAACUACAACGAAUUCUUAGUUGUUCUAUGGAUGAAAUAAAAAAUGACUGGACAUCAACUACAAUCUACAAUCGAACAAAUUACGAAAUAUUUGACUUGAUUCCUAAUUCACAGUACUGUAUACAAGUUACAGUUGCCAAUAACUUGAAUACUGUGCAACGAGAAAACCAUGUGUGCAAAUUAACACCAGCAUCAUAUCCAAUAACUAAACCUGUUUUUGACCUUCAAAACCCAAUGAAUGUGACUAAUAGCUCAGUGUUUGUCCAAUGGAAAGUCGAUCCCGUAAAUUGUUCAAAGUUAAAUGGAUUUUUAUCAACGUAUUACAUUGAACUAAAGGAUAAGGGAAAUAACACUUUACAAGUAAAAGAAACGAAAAAAAACUACAUUUACAUUAAUGAUCUGAAAUCAAAUAAUUAUUAUGAACUGAAAGUGUUUAUAAAAACACACAUCGGUUAUAACCCUGAACAAUAUCUAUUUACAAAUUUCACUACUAAAUCAAAAUAUUUAGUACCAGUCUAUGAUAUAGUAGCUUAUAAAAAGAGUCUAAGACAUCGAUCAGUAGGACUUCGUUGGUAUUAUUUAGAAGAUGCAAAUUUAAAUGGAUUUAUAGUUUCAAUUAAUAAAAAUGGUGGAAACCCAAACAAUGUUAUAGUGAUUGCCCCGACGAAAUGUUCCGCUUGGCCGGAAUAUUAUUGCCAUAGUUUUAAUAAUUUGAGCCCUGGAAACAGCUUCACAUUUAAUAUAAAGCCUAAGUUGAUUAAUAAUCCUGAAGGAGGUAAAGUUUCGUCUAUUUCAUUUAAAAUGAUUGAUGAACAACCAGAUUCUCCGAAUAAUUUUAAAGUUAUUGAUAUUGGAAAGACUUUUAUGACUCUCAAGUGGGAUAUUCCAUGGAUAUUUAAUGGUGCAUUAGAUAUGUACAUUAUUAAUGUAGAAGAAAUGUCAGAUAUGAACUUGUAUUCAAGUAUGAGGGCAAUAGAAUUAGCAAUCUAUGAAGAAGUUCCUUCUUACAACUAUACGCUAAAAAAUCUAAAUCCUGGAUCGACCUAUUCAAUUGGAAUAGUGGCUGUGUCCAAGGCACUAUGGUAUAGUUUACCAUCGACAAUUCACGCAACGACACUUUUUUAUUAG